CUCUCACACAUACACAAUCGCUCUUUCUCACGCACACACAUAUACUUGGUGAGGACACAUAUCUGGGAAAAAGGGGGAAAAAACGACUGUGUCAGAUGUUCAGUGAGCCUGGAGGGAUAGUGGGCUGUCCCCACAUGCUGCCUGUACCAAAUGUCUCAAGUACCUGUUCCACAUUUGAGUUCUUGACACUUACCCAAAGGAUAUCAAGAGGAACGGUCCAAAAUGGCGAAGGUGUCCUUUCUUCUGCUGAAGGUCUCCAUGAUGGUUGCAUUAGCACUGGCACAUGAUACUGGCAACUAUACACUGAACAAGCGGGAAAAGAGGGAGCUGCUGCUGCGUUCCAAAAGAAGGUGGGUCCUAUCCACAAUUGAGCUAGUGGAGGAGGACCCUGGACCUUUCCCUAAAUUCGCCACACAGAUGUUCAACGAUAAAACAGCUCUUUUCAAAAGUCAUCAGUUCCGUUUAUCUGGAACUGGAGUGAACGAGGAACCAGUGGGCGUGUUCUCCAUUGACGACAAUGACGGAGUGGUGUACGUACACAAGCCUAUCGACAGGGAGACAUACCCCUUCUUUCAUAUUAUGUUUGACAUCAUCGACAAGGUGACUGGUAAGUCUGUGGACAAGACUCUGGCGUUCGACGUGGCGAUUACGGACAUCAAUGACAACGCCCCUUACUUUGCAAACCCUGUCAUGAAAGCCAGUGUAAAAGAGAACAUGCCAGAGGGGUAUCUGCCAGUGCCUCUGACAGCCAUGGACAUGGAUCAGGUGAACACACAGAACUCCAACAUCAGUAUCAGGUUGUUGUCUCAGGAGCCAGCCGAGCCCAAGAUCAAACUGAAGCAGGUGGAGGGCACCAAGAUGAGCCAGCUCACCUUCACCGGCUGCUUUGACUAUGACAAAGUAAAGAUGUAUAAAGUGGUUGUUGAAGCUCAGGAUCAUGGGAUACCAGCCCUGUCCUCAACUGCAGUGGUCAACCUCCACAUAAUGGACUCCAACACUCACCAGCCAGUGUUCAAAAACAAGACCUACGAUACUCACAUAAUGGAGAUGGAAUCCAAUAAAGAGAUACUCCGAGUGGCUGUGACUGAUGCAGACACCCCCAACACCCCCGCAUGGCGAGCCGUUUACUCCAUUGUGAUGGGGAACGAGGAAGGAAACUAUAAGAUCGAGACCGACCCCAAGACCAAUGAGGGUAUACUGACUGUCAUCAAGGGGAAGGAUUUUGAGAAGACAACGUUGACCAAUGUUCAGAUCUCCGUGGAGAACGAGGAGCCUUUGUUUGUGUGUAGCUCCGGCGGGGCCAUGUCCCAUGCUAAGACCUUGACCCCCCAGACAGUCAACGUGACUGUGAAGGUGAUUGACGUGAACGACCCCCCGGUGUUUGACAAUAAAGUGACAGACGUGUAUGGAAAGGAAGAGCAGGAGGUGGGAAAGGUGCUGUACAAACCCAAAGUAACUGACGUUGACUCAGAUAUGGAUAAAAUCAGGUAUGAGUUAGCUGAGGACCCAGCAGGCUGGUUCACCAUAGAUCCCAAGACAGGAGAGGUUACUACAGUGAAGAAGAUGGACCGGGAGUCACCUUACGUCAAUAAAGACAACAUCUACACUAUCCUAAUCCAAGCUAUAGACAACGGGGAGCCCCCUGCCACGGCUACAGGCACCAUUCUGGUCCACCUGGGGGAUAUCAAUGAUAACACGCCCUAUGUGGUGGAGAAGAAGCUGGUGAUGUGUGGUAACAAGGUGAUUGUGCCGGUAGCAGACAAGGACAACCCUCCCUUUGGAUGUCCCUGUUUCCUCUCCCUGAGAGAGGACAACAGAGACAAAGCAUUGAAGAGCCACUGGAAACUGGACCCUGCCACUGGUAUGGAGGCAGGUCUUGUCAGUCUGAAGAGUCUGCCGUACGGUAACUACACAGUGCCUCUGGUGAUCCAGGACCAGCAAGGAAUGGUUGUAAAUGACACUGUCCAGGUUAUGGUGUGUGACUGUGGGGGAGGGGACAAGUGUAGGGCCUCUCUACCCCGGACCUCCAGCCUGGGCUUGGCCGCUAUAGGACUACUGCUGGCUGGACUGCUUCUCCUCUUACUGCUGCUGCUUUUCCUCCUGCUGUGUGAGUGUGGCGGUAAGACUUUCACACACCUCCCCCUCAAUCCGCAAGACGAGGGAAACCAGACUCUUAUCCACUACAACGAGGAGGGAGGGAGCUCCGCAUGCAAGGGUGAGCCCAUGUUGAUCUUGACUCGCACCACUCCCAACCAUGUAGCCGUGAAGGUGGUUGAUGGAAUGAAGCAGGCCACCACAGGCAUAAAGCUUACUCAGGAGACCAAUGAGAUGACCCAAGAGACCAAUGAGAUGUACAGAACCACAGGGAGGACCGUGGUCACCAAGCUGUCCUCCUCAGGAGGGGGAGGGUUCUCAGGAUGGGGAACAUUCCAGAGAAUGAGCGAAGCCAACGGAACUCUGAGAAGCCAGGAUGGGCAAAGCAAGUACCAGACGUGGACUACAAGCAGGAACAAUACCAUGAGGAGUAACUCUUCGAAGUACUCCCGCUCCUUCGGCCUGCUGUCGGACCAGCACAUUUCAGAGCACAUAGACCGGAGGCUGAAUAUGAUUGGCGAUGAGGUGGACUACCAACCCUACGAGUACAGAUACGAGGGGAGAGGCAGCAAGUGUCAGUCGCUGGAUGACCUGUCGCUAAGUAACCUGGGGGAUGACUUGAAUUUCCUAGGGGACCUGGGACCAAAGUUCAACACCCUGGGGGGCAUCUUUCGCCAGGACAUGUAGGAGAGGAACAUUAGGGUGUAGACACACACACCUGGCCAGACUGGUAAAUGGUGCUGUGUGGCUCAGUUGGUAGAGCAUAGUGUUUGCAACGCCAGGGUUGUGGGUUCGAUUCCCACGGGGGACCAGUAUGGGAAAAAAAAAAUAUGAAAUGUAUGCAUUCACUACUGUAAGUCGCUCUGGAUAAGAGCGUCUGCUAAAUGGCUAAAAUUUAAAAUGUAAUGGUGCUUAUUAGACACGUCUGUCAUCGUCCCCUGUUUGAGGUGAAUGGGGGGGAUGACCUAUCAGUUGGAGAAGAGGACACAGCCACACCAAACUUCCUCCAUUGUGAUUUUGGAUCAAGCUUUGCAUUAUCGACAUCAGUGGGGCAUUUUCUUACAGACCGAAACUGUUGUGGACUGGGAGAGACACUUCUGAUAUUUUUGUCUGACACAAUGAAUGAUGAACUUACUGUACUGAAUAAACCGUGUCAUGCUCGGAUGGCUUUAUGGA